GACGCGCUCGACCGCGCGCGCGUCACGGGCGCGCCGCUGUCGCACGACGAGGCCGUCGCGUUCGUCACGUCCGACGACUGCGGCGCCGUCGCGACGUUCCUCGGCGUCACGCGCGACACCUUCGAGGGCAAGCGCGUCGUGCGCCUCUCCUACGAGGCCUACGUGCCCAUGGCCGAGGCGGAGAUGCUCAAGAUCUGCGCCGUCGCGCGCGCGCGCUUCGAGGCGAAGCGCUGCUGCAUCCUCCACCGGACCGGCGAGGUCGCCGUCGGCGAGGCGAGCGUCAUCAUCGCCGCGGCGUCGCCCCACCGCAAGGACGCGCUCGCCGCCGUCGCCUGGGCCAUCGACGAGCUCAAGACGACCGUGCCCAUCUGGAAGAAGGAGAUCUACGCCGAGGGCGACCCGGCCUGGAAGCAGAACAAGGAG